UCUUCUAUGAUCUUUCCAUCAUCAAAUCAACAACCCUUUAAUUGUUUUGUUAUUAUUAUCACCCCCCUUCUGUAGUUGUUCUAUAGAAAAUUUUGUUAUAAAUGUUUGGAUAAUCAAUAAAAAAAGCUGUGGGUAUCUUUUUCUCUGAAUUUUUUAAUCCUCUCUAUCUCUCUCUCUCUCGGGCCUUUUCCUUUUCAGUGGGAGAGCUUCAACAAUUGAAUCUGACAAGGGGGAAUCCCAAGUGAUACAUUAAUCGAUAGAGAGAUAAAUUGGGGGGUUCUGUGCUCUGAUGUAUCAGUCUAAAGAGUUUUAGUCAUAAUAGUAUGGUCCUCAGCUCUGUCUCUGAAAGGUCUUUGAUGGGUUUUGAGUCACUGUGUUCUUCUCUAAAAAGAUCAGAGGAGUUGGAGUUAGCAGCAUAGAAAUCUGCAACUGAAUUAGAUUUCAAACCAACAACCAGAGCUACAAAAUGGGCUGAAUUGCAGAGAUAGAUUGAUACUUUUAUUAGAUAGAAGAGGAAGAAGUAGUGACUGUGAAGAGUGAAAGAGAUUGGAAUUGGAUUGGUGGUCUAAGCUUAACGUAGUCCCUUUUCAGGAAUAUAAGAAGAUUUAUUUUCAAAUCGAUGGCGACGUACUUUCAUGGACCUUCGGAAAUUCAAGCUGACGGGUUACAGACGCUUUAUCUGAUGAACCCUGGCUAUGUCGGAUACUCUGACGCACAAGCUCCAACCAAUAUGCUCUUCCUCAAUUCCGCCGGCAAUACCCUCAACUCUGCAAAUCUCCCUCAUCAUCCACCACCACCACAACCCCAGCCGAACCACCACUUGGUCGGAAUCCCACUUCACUCCACCACCGUUGCUAACGCCGCCACUUCGGCAGCUUCCCAAGACCCCAGCCGCCAAUCGGUGCAUGCCCAGAACGAGAUGUCGAUCAUUCAUGGCUUUGUCCCUCGCGUUCACUACAAUCUAUGGACGUCCAUAGAGGCGGCAGCGGCGGCCGGAGCACAGCAAACCACCCAACAGCACCAAAUUCCGACCACAGCUGCAAACAAUUCAGUCAGUAGUGGUGUCACUGACGUUUCUUCACAAUUGGGUCUUCGCCGGUCGGUCAUGCCGCCUUCUCAACAAGCUCUGUCUCUGAGCCUCUCGCCGCAGCAGUCAGUUUAUGGGUCUUACCGUCCGGAAUCUGACAUCUCGGCUGCAGGCCAAGCCCCGGCGUUAUCUCCGACAAGCGGCAACGACAUGAGGAUGUCGGCAGGCGGCGGCUCUUCUUCGCCGGCAUCUGCGGUGCCCAAUGGGAUUUCUGGUAUGCAGAGUGUUCUGUUGGGUUCCAAAUACUUAAAGGCUGCCCAACAGCUCCUCGAUGAAGUCGUUAAUGUCGGAAAUGGAAUAAAAAAUGAAUCUUCAAAGGGGGUUAAAGGGCAGAGCAAGAUAAACAGAGAGUCUACUGCUACCACCGGAGAAGGUUCAAGCGGUGGUGCUGGAGGUGGUGAAACAAGCACAAAGCGUGGAGCAGAGCUCACAACUGCAGAGAGACAAGAGCUUCAGAUGAAGAAGGCUAAGCUUGUUAGUAUGCUUGAUGAGGUGGAACAAAGAUACAGGCACUAUCAUCACCAGAUGCAGAUAGUAGUUUCUUCAUUUGAACAAGCAGCGGGGUUCGGUUCUGCGAAAACAUAUACAGCACUUGCUCUGCAGACAAUCUCAAAGCAAUUCAGGUGUCUGAAAGAUGCAAUUUCAGCUCAAAUCAGAACUACAAGCAAGAGUUUAGGUGAAGAAGAGUGCUUAGGAGGUAAGAGUGAAGGUUCUAGACUCAGGUUUGUGGAUCAUCAGCUUCGACAACAACGGGCACUUCAACAACUAGGAAUGAUGCAACACAAUGCUUGGAGACCUCAGAGAGGAUUGCCUGAGAGAUCUGUUUCUGUUCUUCGUGCCUGGCUAUUCGAGCACUUCCUUCACCCAUAUCCCAAAGAUUCAGAUAAACACAUGCUUGCAAAGCAAACAGGGCUUACUAGGAGCCAGGUCUCCAACUGGUUCAUAAAUGCUCGAGUUCGUCUAUGGAAGCCAAUGGUUGAAGAAAUGUAUACAGAGGAACUCAAAGAACAAGAACAGAAUGGUGGGUCUGAGGAGAAAACAAGUAAGAGUGAACUGAAUGAAGAAUCAACUGGGACCAAAUUAACUGCUCAGCAAGAGAACAGUCCAGUUAGAGCUGAUCAGCGAAACAGAAAUCUCAAGUCUAAUGAAGGUAAUCCUGCCAACCCAAUCAAUGCUACAAUUUCGAGUCCUUCAACAUCUACAAUGGGUGGAAACAUCCAAUCCCAAAGUGGAUUCUCCAUUAUCGGGUCACCAUCGGAUGUGGGAGCAGGUUUGAUGCAAGGAAGUCCCAAGAAGUCCAGGACCACCACCCAUUUGCAGAAUUCACCAGGUAGCUUCGCAUCUAUGGACAUGGACGUGAAGCCUGGGGAGACGAACAACAGGGAUUUCUGUGCAAAAUUUGAUGAUGAAAGACAGAGCAGAGAUGGUUACUCAUUACUAAUGGGAGCGACGAGUCAUGGAGGAGGAGGAGGAGGAGGAGGAGGAGGAUUUGGUGGAUAUUCUAUUGGGGAGCUUGCAGGAAGGUUUGAUCCUGACCAAUUCCCACCACCUAGGUUCUCUGGGAAUGGAGUUUCCCUAACUCUUGGUCUUCCACAUUGUGAAAACCUCUCUCUGUCAGGAACUCAUCAACAGACCUACCUAUCAAACCAGAACAAUAUUCAAUUGGGAAGGAGAGUCGAGAUGGCCGGUACCGGAGAACCUAAUGACUACUGUGGGAUCAGUAAUACUACUCCAACUUCUCACUCCACUGCUGCUUAUGAGAACAUCAACCUUCAGAACAGAAAGAGGUUUGCAGCUCAGUUGUUACCGGAUUUCGUGGCCUGAUCCUAGAUGUUUUCUUUGAAGACUUCAUUGGUAAGCUUUUGGGGUUUCUAAUCCUCCAAACCAUUACUGGAGGGAAGACAGAAAAGGAGAGGAGAUGAAUGUCACACACUCUUUCUCUCCUCUUGCCUUCUUAAUUUUCUAAGGAAGAGAGGAAUUUUUAUAAGCCUAGUGUAAAGAAAGAAGGAAAGAUACUUUUAGUACAGCUAGAUUAAUACUUGAGGAGAUCCAUUUGUGUUUCUUUGAUAGUUUAGGGGCUCAGAUUCUGUGAUUGGGGAUUGUAUAUCAAUUUUAUACUUUUGGAGAUAUAUAUAGAUGUCAUAAAUAUGCAAAUCAGUUAUUGGGUAUACAAA